UCUGUUGAUAGCGAGAGCAAGAGCGACUGGGAGGGAAUGCUCACGGUCACACACACAGGCUCGCAGAUCCCCUCCCAAAUCUCUCUCGUGGUGGAGCUUUAAAAGUCUCCCACGAGCCUCAAAGAAUUUUAGUGCGUGUUUUUCUGUUGGACCUCUCAAAAGUGUCAACACACAAAUCGGUUCCGCAAAGCUGUAGAAGAAGCCACAUCCAGAGUGUCGCACUCGCUAGAGAGUACAAAAGCAAGAAAUUUAAGAUAUAGAAAAGAUAGAACAUCCCGUGAACACUGCCAAGCAUGUCAGCAUCCCCAGUGGCCAGACAGGCGUGCUCCCACGCCCAGACGAUUCCCUCGAAGAGAGUCCUCGUGACGGACGCCUCGCAGAUGCCGGAUGUCUACUCAUCCACGCCAGGAGGCACUCUCUUCUCCACCACGCCCGGAGGCACUCGCAUAAUCUACGAUAGAGCCUUCCUUAUGAACCUGAAGAACUCUCCACUGAGUCGCACCCCACCGAAGAACCUCCCACCGGCUCUCAUGCGCGGCUCUCCGCAGAAGAGCGACACCUGGAAGGCACCCAACCAGCCCAGGAGGGCGUCCAAGGAUCAGGCGGCACGCCACCAUGACCAGGAGCAGCAGUUUGACAUUGACAUCUAAGCUGGAGCCAAUGGGAGAGGUCCGUGGCCGGUCAGGAAGAGUGUGUCCUCAAGGCUGGAGCAGAGGAGCCACACCUUCGGCUUAAGAUUGCUGACACGCAGUUUGUUUUUCAAGAAACACUCUUCCACUUUAGCGCGACCAGCCAAGCGGGCUGUUGCAGGAAGGAGUCAGGAGGGAAGAGGUGUCACUAUUAAGUCUUGUUUGUAAAUAAUAAGAGCUACUAUAACGUAUUUUAUGCACCAUGUGCUCAAGAGCGGAGAUUCUCUAUUAGGAAGUUGUAAGAAAGGAAUAAAAAAGCGAUAUAGAUUGCUGCUGAUUAUUGUCACCUUUGCGCAAUUGCUGCCUAUCUACAAGUUCUGUUUUUUUCUCUCAAUUUGACAGAAAAACUUCGAGUAAUAAUGUAGAUAAUACUGAGACACGAUAAUACUUAAUUAGACUACUUGUUGACCAGCGAUUGCUCUUGAUUCUUACGUCUCUCCUGGGACUUUGUUAUAUACAACUUUUUUGUCAGUACACACAAUUGAAAUGUGAUAACUCUUAGAUUUAUACGUCAAUGCAGACGGCGAUAAUUCAUAACUUUUUUCCCUCGACUACGAUAUUUGCUUGUAAUGUUAGGAUACUUCACGUUGCAUCGUUAAAAAGGUGAAAAGAAAAGCCAAUAUUUUUGUAAUUCACCUCACGUUAAAUUCAAAUUCGCUUAUUAUCUAAGUAAUAAAAAAUGAUAUGCUUCAAAUCAUGAAA